AUGACAAUUGGAAUAAAAGCAUCUCGACUUGCUGUAGCGAUCAAACCAGCGCAUGCUGCUCGAAACACUACUGCUGCUGAUGGCACUUAUGAUGGGUACAUAAGAGGAGUUUCAGAUCUUCCUCCUGCUAUUCCAAAUAAUGAAGAUCGUCCAAUCAUUCAACCUAUUGGCAAGACGCAUUGGAAGGACAUUCCUGUCGUUCAAAAGGGCAGAAGACCAUCAAGUGUAUUGACAUGCCUUCUGAAAAGUAACCAUCCCGGUAUUCUGGAUUAUGAUGGUACGAAGCUAAGGUACAAGUAUGAAGAUGCAUACUCAGAGAAGGCAAAGCAACAUGUUCGAAGAUGUUUUGAUGAGUGGUGCAGUGAAGAGUGGAUUGCAAAAUCAAAGAAAUACCGUGCCAAUCGUUGCAGCUCAAAGUUCAAGCCUCACAAGGGUGGUUCCAACUCGAUGACUACUAUAAGUCAAAAAAUGUCCGAACAAACCGGCGAAGAUGUUAACCAGAUUCAGGCUUGGGUGCAUACACAUAGAGGAUUGGACAAGAGCAAACCUUUAAUUCUCAACACACCAGAAGCAACUAAAUGUUUGGCACUUUAUGAUUGCUCUAAUGGGAAGCCACAUGGUACAUGGUCUCUAUUUAAUGGCAUUGUCAAUGACAUCGAGGUCAUUUCUGAGGUGAGAGCUACUGGUACAUCUUCAGCAGCCUUGAAGCGUCGUCGAGCUGAAGAAAUUGAAGAUGUGCAUCAAAAGGAGUCCGAGAAGACUCGAAAAGCAGAGGCUUAUGCCAACAAUGUCUUGUCAUGGGGUGUUGGGAUGUACAAGCACUGCAAUGAGAUACAAAAGUUUCUUCAGACUUUGGCAACUAAGCAAGGAGUGCCUAUUGGAGAAAUACCACUAUCGGCGGUUCCACCUCCUUUUCGUUCGCUUUCUCCUCCUGGAUCUCCGCAACAAUCUACCAUCCAAAUUCUAGAAAAUAGCGAAGAAUCGCCAGCUUUGUGUGCUCAACAAGAAACAAAUCCUAGCUCUAUUAAUGAACAUGUUACUGCUGCAAGUGUUCCUGCUGUAGACGAUGAAGGGAUGUUUGGGGGAUUUUUCAGUCAGUCUGGAACCGGUGCACUAAGCCUAUCGCUAUUGAGCAGUCAGUUGGUUCCUUGA